AUGGUGUGCAGCUUCCCUCGCAGCGUCGCCAUCAACUACGAGGAGGACACCGAAUUCAACGAUGCGCUGAGAAAGCACGGCAUCAUCCCUCCGAAGGACAAGUCGUCCUCGCGUUCUCCAUCUCCACCACCUGCGCCGUCGUCUCCGACUCUCUCAGAGCUUGACUUGGACGACCUCGAUAUCGAGCGGGAUGAUGCAGUCCGGCGGGAGGACCUUGAGCGGGCGCUGGAGGACCGCAAGCGGAGGGAGAAAGAGCGGUUGGGCAAGCGCAAGUUUGGGCGGGUGUACAACAUUGGCAAGGUCGACUACAAGAGGGAGGUCACGGAUGCGAGCAACGAGGAGCUGCCGGGCGAGCCGGAGGGAUGGGGAACGGGUGUCGUCUGCGUGCUCUUCAAAGACAGCGUCCCGGAAUCGAAGAAGCUCAUGCCAAUCAUCAACGAACUCGCCUCUCUCUACCCCUCGACAAAGUUCGUCUCGAUUGUAUCCGACCACUGCAUCGAGAACUACCCCGACAAGAACGUCCCGACCAUGAUCAUCUACCGGAAGGGCCAGAUGAUGGGCCAGGUCGUGGGUCUCGGAGCAAUGAACGGGAUGAACGCGACUUUGCGAGACGUCGAGCGCAUCCUGUUUGCCUUCCGCGGCAUCGACUUUCACAACAAGGUCGGCUACGACGCCUCUCCCGCAUCCGGCCAGUUUGCCUCUCGGUCCGACGCGACCGCGCCUCUGACAAAGGGAGGCGCAGCACCAGGCGAAGGGCGACCAGAGAAGCCGGAGAGUGACGAUGACAGCGGGGACAGCGAGGACGACCAGAGCUUUGUUGGCGGUGGGCGGAGGAGUGGGAUCCGGAGAGGAACGAAGAUGACGGAUGCGGCGAAACGGAAAGGAGGCGACGACAGCGAUAGCGACUUUGACCUCUAG